ACGGGAAAAGGCCAGAACGUCCCAUGACGUCAGGAGGGCUCGGGAAAGGGGUUCGGAACCGGUCCAGGCUCAAGUUAAAUCUUCCUCUAAAGAGCCAACUCUGGUUUCUUUGGCGACUCGCUUUCUACUCUAAACAGGUCCCGCUCCACAGUCUGGGCGGGACUGUGUGUGCGUUGAGUAGCCUCUAGCGUGAAAACUUCAUGGUUAAAAGGGAAGUACCGGAGGCAAGAAAUAGUUUUCGAGGCACUGGUUUGUUAGAGUAGUGGUACGUAGUGCGCCGCCCUGAACGGGGGCUAAGUCGCUGCUUUUCCAGCAGCGCCAGUGAGGACGUGGCAAGACUGCCUCGGACGUACGCUUCCUCUUCCUCAGCCCGUCGGGUUAGGGGCGCGGGCGGCGCAGAGGCUGCUGGGAACGCGCAUGCGCCCAGCGCGGCUGGGAGUCCACCUUUAACGUCCGCGGGCGCGGGGUGUGUCGGGUGUCGACGGCGGCGCUUUGCGGCGGGUCGUGCGGGUCGGGCGCGGGCGGGCGCGGCGGCAGUGGCGCGCACAGGUGAUUGACUGGCCAGCUGCCUGAAGGAGCGCCGGGUCCUCCUUGCUAGCAGGUGGCGGAGCCCACUGGGGCGGCGGUGCAGACCGCGGCGGCGGCUGCGGCGGUCUGGCUCGGGAGGCGUUCCUGGGGCCAAGGCCAUGGCCCCGCGGCUGCAGCUGGAGAAGGCGGCCUGGCGCUGGGCAGAGACGGUGCGGCCCGAGGAGGUGUCGCAGGAGCACAUCGAGACCGCUUACCGCAUCUGGCUGGAGCCCUGCAUUCGCGGCGUGUGCAGACGAAACUGCAAAGGAAAUCCGAAUUGCUUGGUUGGUAUUGGUGAGCAUAUUUGGUUAGGAGAAAUAGAUGAAAAUAGUUUUCAUAACAUCGAUGAUCCCAACUGUGAGAGGAGAAAAAAGAACUCAUUUGUGGGCCUGACUAACCUUGGAGCCACUUGUUAUGUCAACACAUUUCUUCAAGUGUGGUUCCUCAACUUGGAGCUUCGGCAGGCACUCUACUUAUGUCCAAGCACUUGUAGUGACUACAUGCUGGGAGACGGCAUCCAAGAAGAAAAAGAUUAUGAGCCUCAAACAAUUUGUGAGCAUCUCCAGUACUUGUUUGCCUUGUUGCAAAACAGUAAUAGGCGAUACAUUGAUCCAUCGGGAUUUGUUAAAGCCUUGGGCCUGGACACUGGACAACAGCAGGAUGCUCAAGAAUUUUCAAAGCUCUUUAUGUCUCUAUUGGAAGAUACUUUGUCUAAACAAAAGAAUCCAGAUGUGCGAAACAUUGUUCAACAGCAGUUCUGUGGAGAAUAUGCCUAUGUAACUGUUUGCAACCAGUGUGGCAGAGAGUCUAAGCUUUUGUCAAAAUUUUAUGAGCUGGAGUUAAAUAUCCAAGGCCACAAACAGUUAACAGAUUGUAUCUCGGAAUUUUUGAAGGAAGAAAAAUUAGAAGGAGACAAUCGCUAUUUUUGCGAGAACUGUCAAAGCAAACAGAAUGCAACAAGAAAGAUUCGACUUCUUAGCCUUCCUUGCACUCUGAACUUGCAGCUAAUGCGUUUUGUCUUUGACAGGCAAACUGGACAUAAGAAAAAGCUGAAUACAUACAUUGGCUUCUCAGAAAUUUUGGAUAUGGAGCCUUAUGUGGAACAUAAAGGUGGGUCCUAUGUGUAUGAACUCAGCGCAGUCCUCAUACACAGAGGAGUGAGUGCUUAUUCUGGCCACUACAUCGCCCACGUGAAAGAUCCACAGUCUGGUGAAUGGUAUAAGUUUAAUGAUGAAGACAUAGAAAAGAUGGAGGGGAAGAAAUUACAACUAGGGAUUGAGGAAGAUCUAGCAGAACCUUCUAAGUCUCAGACACGUAAACCCAAAUGUGGCAAAGGAACUCAUUGCUCUCGAAAUGCAUAUAUGUUGGUUUAUAGACUGCAAACUCAAGAAAAGCCCAACACUACUGUUCAAGUUCCAGCCUUUCUUCAAGAGCUGGUAGAUCGGGAUAAUUCCAAAUUUGAGGAGUGGUGUAUUGAAAUGGCUGAGAUGCGUAAGCAAAGUGUGGAUAAAGGAAAAGCAAAACAUGAAGAGGUUAAGGAGCUGUACCAAAGGUUACCUGCUGGAGCUGAGCCCUAUGAGUUUGUCUCUCUGGAAUGGCUGCAAAAGUGGUUGGAUGAAUCAACACCUACCAAACCUAUUGAUAAUCACGCUUGCCUGUGUUCCCAUGACAAGCUUCACCCGGAUAAAAUAUCAAUUAUGAAGAGGAUAUCUGAAUAUGCAGCUGACAUUUUCUAUAGUAGAUAUGGAGGAGGUCCAAGACUAACUGUGAAAGCCCUGUGUAAGGAAUGUGUAGUAGAACGUUGUCGCAUAUUGCGUCUGAAGAACCAACUAAAUGAAGAUUAUAAAACUGUUAAUAAUCUGCUGAAAGCAGCAGUAAAGGGCAACGAUGGAUUUUGGGUGGGGAAGUCCUCCUUGCGGAGUUGGCGCCAGCUAGCUCUUGAACAGCUGGAUGAGCAAGAUGGUGAUGCAGAACAAAGCAACGGAAAGAUGAACGGUAGCACCUUAAAUAAAGAUGAAUCAAAGGAAGAAAGAAAAGAAGAGGAGGAAUUAAAUUUUAAUGAAGAUAUUCUAUGUCCACAUGGUGAGUUAUGCAUAUCUGAAAAUGAAAGAAGGCUUGUUUCUAAAGAGGCUUGGAGCAAACUGCAGCAGUACUUUCCAAAGGCUCCUGAGUUUCCAAGUUACAAAGAGUGCUGUUCACAGUGCAAGAUUUUAGAAAGAGAAGGGGAAGAAAAUGAAGCCUUACAUAAGAUGAUUGCAAACGAGCAAAAGACUUCUCUCCCAAAUUUGUUCCAGGAUAAAAACAGACCGUGUCUCAGUAACUGGCCAGAGGAUACGGAUGUCCUCUACAUCGUGUCUCAGUUCUUUGUAGAAGAGUGGCGGAAAUUUGUUAGAAAGCCUACAAGAUGCAGCCCUGUGUCAUCAGUUGGGAACAGUGCUCUUUUGUGUCCCCACGGGGGCCUCAUGUUUACAUUUGCUUCCAUGACCAAAGAAGAUUCUAAACUUAUAGCUCUCAUAUGGCCCAGUGAGUGGCAAAUGAUACAAAAGCUCUUUGUUGUGGAUCAUGUAAUUAAAAUCACGAGAAUUGAAGUGGGAGAUGUAAACCCUUCAGAAACACAGUAUAUUUCUGAGCCUAAACUCUGUCCAGAAUGCAGAGAAGGCUUAUUGUGUCAGCAGCAGAGGGACCUGCGUGAAUACACUCAAGCCACCAUCUAUGUCCAUAAAGUUGUGGAUAAUAAAAAGGUGAUGAAGGAUUCGGCUCCGGAGCUGAAUGUGAGUAGUUCUGAAACAGAGGAGGACAAGGAAGAAGCUAAACCAGAUGGAGAAAAAGAUCCAGAUUUUAAUCAAAGCAAUGGUGGAACAAAGCGGCAAAAGAUAUCCCAUCAAAAUUAUAUAGCCUAUCAAAAGCAAGUUAUUCGCCGAAGUAUGCGACAUAGAAAAGUUCGUGGUGAGAAAGCACUUCUCGUUUCUGCUAAUCAGACAUUAAAAGAAUUGAAAAUUCAGAUCAUGCAUGCAUUUUCAGUUGCUCCUUUUGACCAGAAUUUGUCGAUUGAUGGAAAGAUUUUAAGUGAUGACUGUGCCACCCUAGGCACCCUUGGCGUCAUUCCUGAAUCUGUCAUUUUAUUGAAGGCUGAUGAACCAAUUGCAGAUUAUGCUGCAAUGGAUGAUGUCAUGCAAGUUUGUAUGCCAGAAGAAGGGUUUAAAGGUAAGUUACAUUUGUCAUGUUUUGUUCAUGAAUGUCAGAGUCAUCCUGUAAUUUUCUGUUAAAGCGAAGGCUAUAAUUUGAUUUUAAAUUUUAAUCCAAUCUGAGUCUCAUGACUGAAAUUAAUUUUAGUUAAAUGCAUUUCUUACUCAAGCUUCUUCAUUAUCUUUUUCAACACUCAGGCCUCAGAUGGGGCCUCAGCUGGGGCUUGUGUGUUAGAACUGUUUCUUGCCAGAUGUCCAUUUGGCCUUCCCUUUCUCAUUUUGUGGGAGGUUGGGAAAUUAGCUAGUGGCAUUUCAAGAUUUAUUUUUAACCUUUUCCCAGUUCUUCCUAUCAAGUCCCCUCCUAGAGCAAAACAGUUUGUGUGUAACUAUUAAGAAUUAGUGGUAGAAGAAUUUGUCAGGUUUUAUCAGGUCCAGUGAAAAGAUUUAAUUAAUCACUUAGCAUUAAGGCAUUUGUUGGAUUAUUACUUCAAGAGGAGACACGGUGGUGCUCGUACUACAUCUGGGCCAUGUAGUUGUGCACACCGAUAAUAUUCAAGAAGUCAUCAAAUACAGACCUCUGACGUUUUCGGAUUUUCCUGUUGCUGUCUUGAUUCUUUGCGGGCCACUCCAGAAGCCCCUGGCAGGUUGUGAUUUUGCUAAGGAAUGACUUUGAAUCACAUACCAGGUAUUCCUUGCUAAAGCAAAUGAGAGACAAAUCUACUGGCCGAAAUAAAGUCUUCCUCUUGCUGCAGCUUUGUUGUCUGCAUGUUACCAUUACAAAGGGACUCCUGAUGGGGUCAAAACAAAGCAAAAAAUGUCUUUAUGAAAAAUGGUCAUUGGACGGGCACGGUGGCUCACACCUGUAAUCCCAGCACUUUGGGAGGUUGAGACGGGUGGGUCACUUGAGGUCAGGAGUUUGAGACCAGUCUGGCCAACAUGGUGAAACCCCAUCUCUACUAAAAAUAACAAAAAUUAGCCAGGCAUGGUGGCAUGCACCUGUAAUCUCAGCUACUUAGGAGGCUGGGCAGGAGAAUUGCUUGAACCUGGGAGAUGAAGGUUGCAGUGAGCCAGGAUUGCACCACUGCACUCCAGCCUGGGCGACAAGAGUGAAACUGUUUCAAAAAAGAAAAAUGGUCAUUAAAUGAAACAAUCAAUAAAAUCUGGUUAGUUUGUGUGAAGAUACACUUAGGAAGCACAUGGCUUUCAACAGAAAUGUGAUUUAUCGGAGAGCCUGGAGUCUGCUGGUAUUUUGUCUUAUCCUCCCACACCAAGGUGCUGCUGUGUUCAUUUAUUAAAUUGGAUGCUCCCUGUUGAUGAUGUGUUCUUGGUAAAUGGAAUCCAUGAACUUUGAAUCUGUAGUUCACAACUAUCCCUCCACGUGUGUUUCUUUUCCCAGGUACUGGUCUUCUUGGACAUUAAUCUUUGAAUACUUGCUGACUGCUAAGAAAUGACCAGAGGGGAAGAGGAGUUUGACAUGUUAGGGCAUUAAAGCAAAGGUGGAUUUAAGAAUUAAACCAUUACAUGCCCCUUCCAAAAGGCAGAAAUCCAUUCAAACGUGACUGUCCCAAAUGCCUUAUGUCAAAUAAAGCAGAUUGCACUGAUGGACAUCAGACUUGAAGGAAAUGUUUCCAAUUUUAUAUUUAAGGGGGGUGGUGGGUGGGAGGGGGCAAGUAAAGAUGGAACAAGUUUAGUAGCAGUAAUAGUAAAUCAUGUUUACAUAUGAGAUUUAUAGUCGUGGGAGGGGAAUAAAGUUCUGUUAUAUUUCCUUGCUCGAGUUUCAUACCAGAUGCGUUGGUCCAUAAAGGAUUGUAUCAAGUAGAUGGGACAACAUUCUGCUCUGAACAAAAAGUAAUUUUAGAGACAUAACCUGCUUACCAAUGCCUGUCUUUGAUUCAUAUUCUACUUUCAAUAAAGCAUGAAAGUGAAGAA